UCGAUGCUCACCCCGAUUUUUAAUCUUAGGUCUCGCCCGCUUUGCGCGCAGAUUUCUUAAUAACCGUUAUGUAGACUUUUCGCGAUUUUGAUGGAAGUCAGUGAGGAAUAUUUAAAGGAAAGUUUCUAAAAUGUCACGCCCAACGAUUUUCCUGCUAACGAGUGUUUUCCUAUUAACGUUCAUCGGGAAUUCGUCGUGCAAUCCGGACGCGAAAAGGCUUUACGACGACCUACUGAGCAAUUAUAACCGACUCAUCAGGCCAGUCAGGAAUCAUUCGGCCAAUAUUUUAGUUAAAUUAGGAUUACGCCUAUCUCAAUUGAUAGAAUUGAAUUUAAAGGAUCAAAUAUUGACGACAAACGUAUGGUUGGAACACGAAUGGCACGACUACAAAUUCAUGUGGGAUCCGCAAGACUAUGGAGGAGUGACUGAACUAUAUGUUCCGUCAGAACAUAUAUGGUUGCCCGAUAUUCUAUUGUAUAAUAAUGCCGACGGGGAAUACGUUAUUACAACAAUGACGAAGGCGGUAUUGAAAUUUACCGGCAAGAUCCAGUGGACACCUCCGGCGAUUUUUAAGUCCUCGUGCGAGAUAGAUGUGCGAUAUUUCCCGUUCGAUCAACAAACUUGCUUCAUGAAGUUCGGCUCUUGGACUUACGGCACUCAGAUUGACUUGCAACAUAUAAACCAAAAACCGGGGGAAGAUAUUGUCGAAGUCGGAAUUGAUCUCAGAGAAUACUAUCCAAGCGUUGAAUGGGAUAUCUUGGCAGUUCCGGCUGAAAGGCAUGAAAAGUACUAUCCUUGUUGUCCCGAGCCAUAUCCAGAUAUCUUUUUCAACAUUACCUUGCGAAGAAAAACGCUAUUCUACACGGUCAAUUUAAUAGUACCCUGCGUAGGCAUAUCGUACCUUUCGGUACUGGUAUUCUACCUGCCAGCAGAUUCCGGCGAAAAGAUCGCUCUAUGCAUCAAUAUUCUGCUAUCACAGACGAUGUUUUUCCUGUUGAUAUCCGAAAUUAUCCCUUCGACUUCGCUCGCUCUGCCCCUGCUGGGCAAAUACAUACUGUUCACGAUGGUGAUGGUGGGAUUUUCGGUGGUGAUCACGAUCAUAAUCCUGAACGUGCACUAUCGCAAACCAAGCACCCACAAAAUGGCCCCGUGGGUGCGGAGAUUUUUUAUAAAAAGCGUGCCCAAGUUACUGUUGAUGCGGGUCCCGAAAGAUCUGUUGACGGAACUGGCCGCCAGGAAAAUUCCGCCUAAUAGAUUGCAACAGGGAAAGAUGGGCAGGGAAUUGCACGUGUCAUCCAGUGCGUCGUCCACUUCUAGCUCGUCGGGAUCGAGCGGGAACAGGGGGAGAGGCUGCAACGGUUUACACUCGACUUCGGCUACGAACAGACUAAGAGGAUUUGCCGGCGCGCUUAGCGGUCGAUUAGGGGGACUUCCGUCCAUAUUUUCGGGAAUGGACGAAAGUGAUUCUGGAACUAGAAGAAAGUACCCGUUCGAACUGGAAAAGGCCAUUCACAAUGUGAUGUUCAUUCAACAUCACAUUCAGAGGCAGGACCAAUUUAAUGCGGAGGAUCAAGAUUGGGGAUUUGUCGCUAUGGUACUGGACCGAUUAUUUUUAUGGAUUUUUAUUAUUACGUCCCUGGUAGGGACAGUCUCCAUACUGUGCGAAGCGCCGUCGCUGUAUGACGACACGAAGCCAAUCGACAUGGAAUUGUCCUCUGUUGCUCAACAACAAUUUUUGCCCGACUUGGACUUUUAGAAUUUGUUUUAGCAAAUAUUAGUACAGAAUGUCAGUGAAUAAAAAUAAUGAUUUCUUCAAAAAUAAGACUUACUCAUGUAAAUGGUAUUGUGUAUCUCCAUUCCAUCAUUAAGAUCAUCAAAGAAUAAUACACUAAUAACGUUAAAAGAUUUUAUUAUAAAGUAAUAGGCGAUUAAUUAAUAAAUUUCAUUUAAAUAAGAGUGUUUUACUAUUUUCCUUUUUGACUUAAUUAUUUAAAAAGAUAACAGAUAUGUUGGAAUGCUUUUCUGGUUUUACGCCAAGUUCUGAGUAAUUUUUAUUAACAUUUCCUCAUAGAUAUCUCUUUCUCUUACUACUUAAAUUUUUGCAGAAAAACACCGCUUUAUUAAAUCAAUAUCUCUUUGAUAAAAGGAGUUGGCUAUUUCAAAAUUUUCUAAGGGUUAGCUAAAUCAUUUGUUGAUCGAAACGUGAUUUUGAUAGUAAGUCAUAAGGGGUUUCCAAAAAUUGAUGCAUAUACACUACAACAUGCAGGAACAUUUAUUUUGUUUUCUUAAUUUUCAAAAUUUUCUUCGUACAUUUGAAAACAAUACAUUUCAAAAUUUUUCCAUGCAUGAGUGACAAAUGGGAAGACAUUUCAUUAAAUCUUAUACACAAAAUCAUUUAGAAUGAUAAAAAAAAUAUUACGAAAGUUUGAGCCUUUGAUUUUAUCACGUCUAUCAUUUGUAUUUCGAUUUUUUAGUUCUGAUCUCAUUAUUGCGUCAAAACAGUCAAGCCAUUAAGGUCAAAAUAUUUCUGUGUAUAUACUUUUCUGGGAAAAUGAAUUCUCUACAAAAAAAAGCUCUGAUUGAACAUUUGCAUCAGAUGAGUGGUUUCCAAGAAAUCAAAGUUUAAACAUUUUUGAAUUAACUUCUUCAUUUUGCUUUCGUUUUUUUUUAGUUUUUCACCCAUUUUUUUCCACUCAAUAGUUUUAUUACAUCAUCAAUACAAUCAUUUGCAAUAAGAAUUAUGUUGUUACUAUAGAUUUUAUUUGUUUCACUUUUCAACAAGUGAAAAUACUCUAUGCUCUAUCCUAUGCUAAUGACAAAGUCCUUAUGUUCCAUCCCCACUCCAGUGAUUUUUAAAUUCUAAUAUCUGAAUUAUAUAAAUAAUUGAUAUAAUUUUUUUAUUAAAAAAAAAUGUUAAAAGAUCUUUUUUGUAGAGCAUUAAAGUUUCUUUACAAAUUAGUAUUGUACUUUUGUGUAUACUGAGUUGCUUGUUAGUUAUAAGAUUACAAAAUAGUUAAAACAACUUAUUAAUUUUUAACGCUUGAUUUCUUGGAAACGGCUCGUCUGAAAUAUUUCUACUCCAAUCGUUUAGACGCAAUGAGACCCGGACAAAAAAAUAAAAAUAUAAAUGAUAGACCUCUUCCAAUUGGGUUGUCUGAUGAAAAUUUUCAAUCAAAAAUGUAUUCAGAUAAAUAUUUCUACCCCAAUCGUUUGACUGUUUGGACACAAUAAUGAGACCAGGACAAAAAAACUAAAAAUAUCAAUGACCUCUCCAAUGUGUCCAACCUUUCAUUUUUUUUUGUCACUCUGAAUGAUUGAUAAAUUUUUCAUAAAACUAUUUUUUUGGGCCAGUUUAAGGGACGGAUAUGGACGGAAAUUUUGUAGAUAAAUUGUUGAACUCCUUAACUCUAAUAUCACAAAUGUAGGAUUGCGUUUAAAGUAAAUUAGUUUGCUAUUUUAAUGUUUUGUGACACCCUGCAUGUUUUACCAUCAAACUCACGUAUUGGUCAAUGAAACAAAUGUCUUAGCUAACCUCUGUAAAAUUUUGAAAUAGUUAGCUCACUUAUUCAAAAGGAUAUUAAAAUUUAAUAAAGGGAUGUUUUUCUGCUAAAAAAUAACAUUAAUUUUUGCUGAAGUAUGGGAAAGACAUAGUUAAGGUAUGGGGAAAUCUUAACACAAGUUACUCAGAAUUUUGCGCAAAACCAGAAAAAGUACUAAUAUAUAUGGCGUUCCAUUUAAAUUUCCAAUCUUGUCGUCUGUUUCGAAUUAAAUUGGCAACGCCGCUGCUACUUGAAUAAUUCAAUAAUACACUAUAAUAAAAACCUAUUUAGUUCUAUUUUAUAUACCAUAUACUGGGUGUCUCAGUAAGGAAAAUUAAGUACGGUAUUAAGAAAACGCAAAAAUUAAAAAAAUAUUAGUUAAAUCGGCCAAGAGAAAAUGCUUCAAAAUAUUUUCCAGUUUCUGAAAAAAUGAAAAAAUAGCAAAUGCAACAAUAUGUUUUUUUACGUCAUUGGAUAGUCAAAUAAGAGCUAAACAACCCUGUAAAAUGCCCAUCUCAACAUAACUUAACCUAAAAUAUGAAUAACAGAAUUUAAUGCAAAAAAAAUGGAUUGUGGGAAAAAUUUUACGGGUUGUUAUUAAUGUCUUAGUUUCUCCAAUUUAGCAACUUAAAGGCAAAUUUCUUAUUUGCAAUGUCAAAUGAUAUUUAUG